ACCACACUAUCGCAAGAGUUUUGUGUUUUGAUACCACUCUCUUCCUUACACCAAUUUCUUUCUUGUCUUCUCUGCCCUCUCCUCUCCUCUCCUCUCCCUUCUUCUGAUUGGAUCUAUCUAGGGUUCCUUUUCACAAUCUCUCAAUCAAAUCAAUCUCUAUUUCUCCUUCACCUUGUCUAGCUGUCUCUCUCUUUAGCAUCGCGGAUUUGGUGUUUGAAUCUUGCUCGAUUGCGAGUACGGUCCCCCGCGCGAUUCGAGAGCUUGAACUUUUCGGUUUAGCUAUGGAAGCGUAAUCAUCCUGAGCAGAUAAAAUUGUUUUGUUGAAAACCAUGGGGACUGAAAAUCCUGGUCGUCCAAAUUUCCCCUUGACCGGUUCACCUUUUGCUGCUCCUCCUCCUACAACAACACCAUUUUCAGCAUCUGGCCCGGUGGUGGGAUCAGAGGCCUCAGGCUUUAGACCCCCAGCUCAACCUCCCCAAAACGCCAUGCCUUCUGUGUCAUCUGGACCUGUAGUUGGACCACAGGCCUCUGGGUUCAGGCCUAACAAUCUCCCUGCUAGGUUUAAUGAUCCUCCUGUGAUUUCUCCACCAACAGCAUAUGUCACACCCAUCGGUGGACCCCCCUUCCAGCGUUAUCCAACACCACAAUUUCCCUCUGCUCAUCAAGCUCCACCACCCCGAGCUCCACCCAUUGGCCAACCACCAUUUCAAUCUCCUGCAGGUCAAGUGCCAUCUCCGGCUUCCUUUCAUCCUCAGCCACAAGUACAUGCAGUGCCAAUGGGAUCUCCGCCAUCAAGAGCAAAUAAUCCUCAAUUGCCAUCAGAUUCAUCAUCUUUUGGCUCCAGGGCAAAUUUUCAGCCACCUUUUUCCUCUAUGGAUUCAUCUUAUUCUGCUUCCAGGGCCAAUUUGCAGCCACCCUUGCCAGGAUAUGUAAAGCAGGCAAAUGCAGUUUCACAAGCUCCUCCAAUGGCCCCCUUUCAAGCUCAACAAGGAAGUUAUGCAGCACCCACACCAACACCACCUCCCACUUUUCAUCCUCAGCAAGGAGGUUUUGCUCAACCUCCACCAAUAGCCGCCCCUUUUGGAUUGCAUUCCAGGGAUCAAAUCCAACAUCCAGGCUCUGCACCUCCUAUAGGUGGCAUCCAAGGGUUGGCUGAAGAUUUCGGAUCACUUUCUAUCGGAUCUGUUCCUGGCACAAUAGAUUCAGGGCUUGAUCCAAAAGCAUUGCCGAGGCCAUUGGAUGGUGAUGUGGAGCCAAAUUCGCUGGGAGAAGCAUACUCCAUGAAUUGCAAUCCUAGAUAUCUUCGGCUUACCACUUCUGCUAUUCCAAGUUCUCAAUCUUUGCUCUCAAGGUGGCAUUGUCCUCUUGGAGCAGUUGUUUGCCCUCUUGCAGAAGCACCAGAUGGGGAGGAGGUACCAGUAAUUAAUUUUGUCUCAACUGGCAUUAUUCGUUGUAGAAGAUGUCGCACGUAUGUAAAUCCCUAUGUGACAUUUACUGAUUCUGGAAGAAAGUGGCGAUGCAACAUCUGUGCUCUGCUUAAUGAUGUUCCUGGAGACUAUUUUGCUCAGCUAGAUGCCACUGGCAGGAGAAUUGAUUUGAACCAGAGACCUGAGCUUAUAAAGGGUAGUGUGGAUUUUGUUGCACCAACUGAAUAUAUGGUGCGGCCUCCAAUGCCACCACUAUAUUUCUUUCUCAUUGAUGUUUCAGUAUCUGCUGUUAGAAGUGGUAUGAUUGAGGUUGUGGCCCAAACUAUCAAGUCCUGUUUGGAUGAGUUACCAGGCUUUCCCAGAACACAGGUUGGGUUUAUCACCUUUGACAGCGCGAUACAUUUUUACAACAUGAAGUCAUCAUUGACACAGCCUCAAAUGAUGGUGGUCACAGAUCUGGAUGACAUAUUUGUUCCCUUGCCAGAUGAUCUCCUCGUUAACUUGUCCGAGUCAAGGCUUGUGGUGGAAGCUUUUCUCGAUAGCUUACCCUCCAUGUUUCAGGACAAUAUGAAUAUGGAGUCUGCUCUUGGCCCUGCUGUAAAAGCAGCUUUCAUGGUUAUGAGCCAGCUUGGUGGGAAACUGCUUAUUUUUCAGAAUACAAUGCCAUCUCUUGGUGUAGGCCGUUUAAAGUUGCGUGGAGAUGAUCUUCGUGUUUACGGAACUGAUAAAGAGCAUGCUUUAAGAACUCCAGAAGAUCCAUUCUAUAAAAACAUGGCUGCUGAAUGUACCAAGUACCAGAUAGGAGUUAAUGUGUAUGCCUUCAGUGAUAAAUAUAUCGACAUAGCCUCCUUAGGAGCUCUAGCAAAAUAUUCUGGAGGGCAGGUAUAUUACUAUCCAAGUUUCCAGUCAGCCUCUCAUGGAGAGAAGUUGAGACGCGAGUUGGCUAGAGAUCUUACAAGAGAAACUGCUUGGGAAGCUGUCAUGCGCAUAAGAUGUGGAAAAGGUAUUCGGUUUACAUCUUACCAUGGGAACUUCAUGCUAAGGUCCACUGAUUUGUUAGCGCUUCCAGCUGUUGAUUGUGACAAAGCAUACGGGGCGCAGUUGUCACUUGAAGAGACAUUACUCACAAGUCAGACGGUAUAUUUCCAAGUUGCUUUGCUAUACACUGCUUCAUGUGGAGAGAGGCGUAUCAGAGUACACACAGCAGCAGUGCCUGUGGUUACAGAUUUGGGGGAGAUGUACCGCCAGGCUGAUGCUGGUGCUAUUGUGUCUUUGUUUGCCAGGCUAGCAAUCGAGAAAUCAUUGUCCCACAAGCUGGAAGAUGCACGAAGCUCUGUACAGUUGAGGAUUGUGAAAGCUCUUAGAGAAUUUCGAAAUCUAUAUGCUGUUCAACAUCGCUUGGGAGGCAGAAUGAUAUAUCCAGAAUCUCUGAAGUUAUUGCCUUUGUAUGGAUUAGCACUUAGUAAAUCAGCGGCUCUCCGGGGAGGUUACGCUGAUGUUCAACUUGAUGAUCGCUGUGCAGCAGGAUUCACUAUGAUGGCGUUACCUGUAAAAAAAUUGUUGAAGCUUUUAUACCCUAGCUUGAUACGAGUAGAUGAAUAUCUUUUGAAGCCAUCUGCACAAACUGACGAAUUCAAAAACAUCAUGAAAAGGUUACCAUUGACAGCCGAGAGCUUAGACUCCAGAGGCCUUUAUGUCUAUGAUGACGGUUUUCGCUUUGUUGUAUGGUUUGGUAGAAUGCUUUCACCUGAUUUAGCAAUGAAUUUACUUGGACAAGAUGCUGCUGCUGAGUUCUCCAAGGUUUCUUUCGGUAAGCAUGAUACUGAAAUGUCAAGAAAGUUAAUGGGGGUGCUUAGGAAAUUAAGAGAGAGUGAUCCUUCAUAUUAUCAGCUUUGCAAUCUUGUGAGACAAGGUGAACAGCCCAGAGAAGGUUUCUUUCUUCUCACAAAUUUUGUGGAGGACCAGAUUGGGGGUACCAGUGGUUAUAGUGAGUGGAUGGUGCAAAUACAUCGGCAGGUCCAACAAAAUGCAUAAAUUGCAGCCAGUGGUGUUUUCUGUUUUCCACUAAUUUCAUUGGGUUUUAUUGUUGGUUUGCCUGUGCCACACCUCUAGAGAAAUGAAACCUUUUGUUCGAAAAGCAUAAUUAAUCAGCACAUGACCAUGGCUUCCCGUCAGUAUUGUGGAUGGUUGAGUUGGACUGGUCGCCUGAUAGACUUUAGAGCUACCAUUUGUUUGGCCUUUCACAAUAUUCAAUAAUUAGAGGAGAUUUACUAUAGUGAUUAGUUUGUAGCCCCGGUUUUCAUGUUGAAAAGCAAAACAGUAUCUUUUUUUUUUUUGGUAUUUGAUGACGUAAAUCAUCAGCAACUGUUAUAGUUGUGUUAUAUCCCCAGUUUUUUCUGCACUCAAAGUUUUGAAUGUCCAUUAGGCAUUUAUUUAUUCGGAGAGAUGUUUUAUGUUUGCUUAAAGAACUGUAUAACUCGUGCUUCGGAACAAUUUUAUUAUUUUGUGUUUUAAAAGCAAUGCUUGUUCCUAUA